AUUUUUCUUUCCAAAUACACAUGCCUUUCCGUUGUAAAUGUGGUAGAACAUUUGAAAAAUUAGACACUUUCGGUUCACACACAUCUGGGUGUGCACCUUUUCAUCAUAGGAGGCUUUCAUCUGCUGAAAGCACUACUCAAAAAAAGCAGCAGCAAGAAACAAAUCUUAAUAAAAAGAAACUAUCAAUCCACACUGAUCCUACUUUAUCUUAUUUUAAUCAGCGUUUCAUUCUACUGUCACCUCUUGGUAAUACCAAUUUCUUUAGUAAGCAAGAUUCCUCUGCCAAUAAUUCAUCUCCUCGUUCUGCUCCCAUAUUUGAUGGAUUCAUGAUGCCAACAGCAUUAUCAAUCCAGAACACAUUUGAAGAUGUUAAAAGAAGAAGAUCGCAGUCAUUUUCCACUGCAACAUCAGGCUCUGCUGUGUUUGAGUAACGUUUGUGUAAAUAUAUAUAUAUUACGCAGCAGAGGGGCGGGAGCAAGAGCGAGAAAUUAUACAUAACACCAUACAUCAUCACCAUUUUUUUAAAAUAAAUAAAAAGGAUUCUCAUCAUCA